GCUCAGAGCGUACGGGAGGGGGCGGACCCUUGCCCCUCCAGCGCUUGGGCCAGAGUGGUGCGGGCGGCGCGUGGCGGAGUUCCUCACGUGGUGGCUUUCUCACGCUAGCCCUCUUUGGUCCUCCUUGACGUCCCGAGCCUGUGGGCCCGCUUCUUGCCGAGAUGCCGAAGGUCAAGUCGGGGGCCAUCGGCCGCCGCCGCGGGCGGCAGGAGCAGCGCCGGGAGCUGAAGAGCGCUGGAGGUGCGGAUCCCCGCGAGGAAGCUGGGGUCGGUCGGGUCAGGUCUUCCGGCAGGACCUAGCCUGGGGUGCGGACCGAGACCUGAUCGGCGGAGGCCGGUCAGGACCCACUCCCGUGAGCGCGGAAGGCAGGGGACUCAUGUUCAACACGGGGAUUGGGCAGCACAUUUUGAAAAAUCCUCUCAUUAUUAACAGCAUUAUCGAUAAGGCUGCCUUAAGACCAACUGAUGUAGUGCUGGAAGUUGGACCUGGAACUGGCAACAUGACUGUAAAGUUGUUAGAAAAGGCAAAAAAGGUUGUUGCUUGUGAACUUGACCCAAGGCUAGUAGCUGAACUUCACAAAAGAGUUCAGGGCACGCCUGUGGCCAGCAAACUUCAAGUACUGGUGGGUGAUGUGUUGAAAACAGAUCUGCCAUUCUUUGAUACUUGUGUGGCAAAUUUGCCUUAUCAGAUCUCUUCGCCUUUUGUCUUCAAGCUGUUGCUACAUCGACCUUUUUUCAGGUGUGCUAUACUUAUGUUUCAAAGAGAAUUUGCCCUCCGACUGGUUGCAAAACCUGGAGAUAAGUUAUACUGCAGACUCUCAAUUAAUACACAGCUGUUGGCACGUGUGGACCAUCUAAUGAAAGUUGGAAAGAAUAACUUCAGACCACCGCCCAAGGUGGAAUCCAGUGUUGUAAGGAUAGAACCUAAGAAUCCACCACCACCCAUCAAUUUUCAGGAAUGGGAUGGUCUAGUAAGGAUAACCUUUGUUAGGAAAAACAAGACACUCUCUGCUGCAUUUAAAUCAAGUGCAGUGCAACAACUCUUGGAAAAAAACUACAGAAUUCACUGUUCAGUCCAUAAUAUUAUAAUACCAGAAGAUUUCAGCAUAGCAGAUAAAAUACAGCAUAUCCUAACCAGCACAGGUUUUAGUGACAAACGGGCCCGUUCCAUGGACAUAGAUGACUUCAUCAGAAAUUUAUCUGGACCUGCUUCUAUGGGCCAGCCUAAACAUAACCUCAGAUUGCUACAUGGAUUCAACGCAGAAGGUAUUCAUUUUUCCUAGAUAUUUGGAAAACAGAAAUUUUCAAGGUCAAGAAAAUAAAUGAAUUUUGUAUUUUGUGUAUUUGAGAAGAUAAUGCUUUUGCUUUACUGAGACAUUAUUUACUUGACUAUUUUUGGUUCAGUACUACUACUGUCACCAUUUAUGAUUCUGAAUUUUAAAGUUGGAAAGUUCUAAGUAUCAAAGUUUUUAAUAUAUAAUGCUGGUCCAAUCUAUUCAUAAUAAUCUUCAAGUUCAGGAGCCGCAGAGACGCACAACUUUACACUUAAACUUAUCAUUUCUAACAGUUUAUUGUAUAAAGAUGUUACUCUUCUAUUUACUGUUAUAUACUGUAAGGCCUUCUUUAGGCCUUUAGCUCUGUUCCUCCAGUAAUAAAAAAGUUAAAAUAUGCUUCACUAGUCACACAUUCCCCAUACCAUUUCAUGUUAUUCACAUUCCCUGUACCAUUUCUUGUUAUUCACAAGUACAGUAAAACAAUUGUUUCUUAAA